GACAAGUGACAAUUUAUUCUGUUUCACAGGAUUUUGUCAAGGCGCAGCGGCUCCGUUGAGUAGGACAUCCCCACGGCGGCCAAGGCGCUUUCAGCGGACUGACACAGGGGGAAAGAAGGACUUAUAUACCAAAGAUGAACACAAUUGUGUUUAAUAAGUUAAGUAGCCAAGUUUUAUUCGAAGAGAAGGCGAAUGAGGUGGAAAGAAGCAGUCGAAAUUAUUUAGAGGUGAUAGAUGGACAGCAUCCGGACCUGCUCUCCAGCAGCCCCGUCAUCAAAGACAGCUCAGCCAUCCGGCACAGGAGAUCCGGGUCUCGUCAGAACCCAGGAAAGGUACGGCAUAAACGGCAAGCUCUCCAGGACAUGGCCCGGCCUUUGAAACAGUGGCUCUACAAACACCGGGACAAUCCUUACCCCACUAAAACAGAGAAAAUCCUUCUCGCGCUUGGCUCGCAAAUGACACUUGUGCAGGUGUCUAACUGGUUUGCAAAUGCUCGACGGCGGCUGAAGAACACAGUUAGGCAGCCUGAUUUGAGUUGGGCCCUCAGGAUCAAACUCUACAACAAAUACGUCCAGGGCAACGCAGAAAGACUGAGCGUCAGCAGUGAUGACUCCUGCUCUGAUGAUGUUGACCCAGCAGCACGGGCCCAGGUCGGGGAGUUUCAUAAGCCAAUGUACCAGAGCGUCAUCAAGAAGGAAGGUGGUGCCGUGGGGGCGGGUCUUCGAGCAGCUGCUGACGCAUCAUUGUCUGAUGACUAUGUGUCGCCACCUAAAUACAAGAGCAGCCUGUUGCACCGUUACCUUAACGACUCGCUCCGCCACGUAAUGGUGGCCAAUGGCGUAAUGGACGCGCGGAGGAGGAACCACUCAGGCUCUUUCAGCUCUAAUGAGUAUGAUGAAGACCUGCUGUCACCAUCUUCUUCAGAGGCAGAAGCCAACUUUAUCUACAGGACUGAGACUUUGGAGCAUGGAUCAAAUAAAUUUGACAGAAGCAUGCAGAAGGAGAAGGGACAGAGGAAAGACGAGACAUACUGGAGGGAAAUCAACGCGGCCAUGGCCCUAACUAACCUGGCUCAGCCCAAGGACACGGCCACCGCCACCACCACCAGCUGCAUCAUCCAGAAAUCCUCACACAUAGCUGAAAUCAAGACUGUUAAAGUGCCUAUCCUGCACAAAUACUAAUGCGCACACACACACAUACGCAGAAGAUCCCGCUCUUCUACCUUUGGAAUUAACUUGUUGUUUUGAAUAUUGUUUAUUACUUUGUUGUACUGAUACAGAAUGAAUUUUUUUUGGUACGUUUGUUUUUAUUGUUAUGAGUACGAGAAAAGUGCCCUGAAAUGCAGCACUUGUUCAGUUCACCGAUUUGUGCAUUUCCUUUGGGUCGCACAAACUUUUUUGAUAAGUGUUGAUGAAUAGUCAGUACGACAGUAUUUCUGAACGAGACACUUUUGCAAUGUUAACUUAUUUUGAUAUGAAUCAGAAAUUUGUAUUGUAUCGCACCAAAGUGCCUUCAUGCAUCUCAAAGGAGAGAUUAGUGAGAAUGUACAGUUCAUGUCCUCUCUGAAUGAAAUAAAAGGUUGAACGGUGAAAUGACAGGAGGAGUGUGAAGCGCACUCUUCUCUCUGCUUCUCACAGCCGACAAGAGCUGCUGACCUUAAAAUGAAAUCAGCACAAGUCACAAAGACAUGCACAUGAACCUAAGGCCAUUUCUGCAUGUUUUGUCUUAAUAUCUCAUGUGGCUGUGACUACGACAUUGUUUUGUCUCUAAAAUUGAAAACUUCAACUGUCACCUGCCAACAAUAGCCGUGAGUCGAGAGAUAAGUUCAGUCAGCCUACAUCAAACUUGAGAUCUUCCUUACGGCCUCUGCUUCCUCUCAUAAACUCAGUUAUGCACAUUUCUCAGACACACAAUGAGAAAGAGAGAGCCAGACUUCAAGGUUUCAUCUGUAUCUGUUUGAGACGAGGACUGUGACCCAAAGGGAUAUUUAUGAAUCCAUUAUCAGUGCUAAACCGAACGUGUUGCCUUCUCAAGUUUCUGCUCAGAACAAGGUACUUCAGUGGAAGCAGUGAACGAUUUGGCCAGUCGUGUUUUACCCCCGUUCUCUCUCAGCUGGUUAGAAUUACUCUCAAAUCGCUGUUUACAAGAAGUACGAGAGCCACACAAACCAUAGCAGUAUUACCACAUCUCUGAUUCAGAGAACGUUCAAUCUUUUUUUUUGCAAUCUCCAUGUUUGUCCUGCGGUUUUUACUCUUUUUGUUAGUGUUUUUGCCUUUGGUGAAACCAAGUUGUGUUAGCCUUGUAUUGACUGAAUGGAAAGAAACUGCAAAUGUUAUUUACAUUAGAGUUAUGGAUGCCAAGUACACAAUUUAGAGAAUUAAAACGCCACUUUUGAAGUGAG